AUGUGCUUUGGACGGAAACCCUCGACUGCGGACCCGGAGUCUACCAAGAAAAAUGCCGAAAUAGAAAAGUCGCUCCGCACCGACAAGAAGCGGGCGGAGCGCGAGGUCAAGCUGUUGCUGCUCGGUGCCGGCGAGAGCGGAAAGUCGACCGUCCUCAAGCAGAUGCGAAUCAUCAAUGCUGGUGGUUUCCAGGGCAUGGAGCGCAAGACCUGGCGCGCCACCAUCUUCAACAACCUCGUUUCGGCCUUCCAGACAAUUUUCCAGGCUAUGCAAGAGGACGACACCGACUUUGAGGAUGAAGACAACAUUCGCUACUCUGAAAUGGUCAACGCCGCGCCCGACAUUGGCACCGAAGAGCCCAUGCCUGAGGAAUUUCUCACGGCUUUCAACUGCCUAUGGGCCGACAAGGGUGUGCAGCUCACCAUACUCAAGGGCAACCAGUAUGCGCUGCACGAUAACUUGAACUACUUCUUCCAGGACAUCGACCGCCUGUUCCAAAAAGAUUUCCUCCCCACAGACCAAGACAUUCUGCGCACGCGCCUACGAACCACUGGUAUCUCCGAAACCAUCUUUGAACUCGGCAACCUCACAUACAAAAUGGUCGAUGUUGGUGGUCAACGGUCAGAGCGCAAAAAGUGGAUUCACGUCUUCGACAACGUCCAGGUGGUGCUUUUCCUGGUCGCCAUCAGCGGUUACGACCACGUGCUAGUAGAAGACAGAAAUGGGAACCAAAUGCACGAGGCUCUAAUGCUCUUCGAGUCCAUAUCAAACUCCAAAUAUUUUGAAAAGACUGCUCUCAUCCUCUUCCUUAACAAGAUCGAUUUGUUCGCUGAAAAAAUUGCUGGAGGCAUGAGCCCAAUCAACAAGACAUUUCCCGACUACACCGGCGGACCCACGGACUUCGAGGCCGGCAAAGAAUUCUUCGCCAACAAAUUCCGCAAUCUCGUUCGCCAGCCAAAGAAGGAAGUCUACGUCCACUACACAAACGCGACCGACACCAAUUUGCUCAAGAUCACAAUGGCAUCGGUACAGGACAUGAUUGUUCAGCGCAAUCUUAAUGCUCUGAUACUAUAA